UUAGUUUCAGUGUCACCAUGGACGUGUAUUUAUAGUUCGUGGUGUGAGAGAAAAAGCGAUGUGUUACAAAUGAUUUCUAUAUUUCUAUAUUCUAUAUUUUAGACAAUUAGACACUUGUCUUCUUACAUUUCAAAGAUUAAACAUAAGUAAACACAAUGUAGGUCAUGUAACAUACGGCGCAAGAAUGCUGAGUCAGGGAUCGAUGGACAUGUCUCAACACGCAGCUGUCAGAUGUCACAAAUAGACUUGUCUUUGGUGAUGACAUGGUUCGGAGAUUCCCGGCUUCGCUUAGCUUGCGUGAGGACGCUGUGAUCUACAGCUAACGUCCUUUCACCGUGUUAUGAAAUUACGGGGCAGACAUGGCAGUUCGAAUUACAGAUAGCUUUAAGGAAGUGAAAAAGCGCCAUAACAACUUCAUCUCGGCUUCAACUUCUACAUCCAGUCGAAAGGACCCAAUACCUAGCACCAGCACAGAAGAACAGCAGCACAAAGAUCCAGAUUUGGAAGUGCUCAAACAGUUUGAUCUCCGUUUAGAGUUUGGACCUUGUAUAGGAAUUACCAGAAAGGAACGGUGGGAAAGAGCUGAGAAACAUGGGCUUAGUCCCCCACAAGAGGUUCUGGACAUUCUGCUAAGGCAUCCAGAUAAUGACACAUAUUUACAAAGUUUGUGGAAGGACUACAACAUUUGAGCCACUGUGUCAAAUCUUCCUACCUGAGCAGAAUCACUUUCAGAAAAUGUUCUUUCUAGAAAGGUUUUCUUGCAAGAAAAAAAAUUAACAUAUGAAUGGCAAAUUAAGCUGUAACGUGACAUGAUCCCAACUGGAAAGGGACGCCCAGAACCAGAUCCAAUGGCAUGGUGUAGUUGCGGCCCGAUUCUCCAUUGGGGGUGAAAAUGGAAUAAGAAGAAAAAUACAUAUCAUUACAAUACAUUUCACCUGUAUUAUACAUGCAUCAAAAAAGGGAGCUAUAUAACGUUUCUUAGACAUUUUCUCUGUUGGUUUUUUAAAAAUAUUUUUACCAUAAAGUGCACGUUUAUUCCUUUAGAAUAAUAGAUGCAUGUAAACUGUUUUCAUUUUUUGGGAUGUGUAGGUGGGGGGAAGGGAAUAUUAACAUUCUUAAUGUCCAUGACUGAAACAUAUCCAGAACUUACAAAUCAGUUAAUUUUUAGUUUUAUUCAAACUAAAAUAUCAAUUACAUUUUUAAUUAUAUAUUGAUAUCAUAAAUGUUAUUAAGAUCCAAAGGUUUUAAUGUUAUUUUUUCUAAGUGUGCUGCUUUUAUAAAACGCAGGUUAAAUCCAGAUCAGGUUAAAUACUUGAGCUUUUUAAAAAUUAAUAUAUAAUUUCACAUAUGUCACAGAAUGUUGACACUUUACACUUUAUUUGUUAAAUCUUUACACUCCAAUCCUUAUUUAUUAUUAUAUUUGAGUGUGCAAUUUGGGUGCCUCUGGUGGGAAAAUCUCCCAUCUUCUAUGUAUCAUUUAAUAUAAUUUUAAAUAUUACUAUUUGAAGUCUAUUCUUAGGUACAAAGUUUCCUUUUUGAUUUAACUUUUGAUGUUUUCUGGUUGAAUGAAUACCAAAACCAUUGAUGGCUUUGUAGCUAUACUUAUGACAUGUAAUAUUUUUGUGAAGUUUUGUCUCAUUCAUACACUUCAAUAUGUUUUCUAUUGUUUGUAAUUUUUCCUUGUCUCAUUGGAAUACUAAUCUAAAGAUGCAGUUUCUUUACACAUGUAUAAUGAGAUAGUCCUGACGAUAAUUGUCAACAGACAAAGCAAGUAACAAGUGAUGAUAGCGAAAGAGAAAAAUCACAUGAAAUGUAGUUGGCCACUUGUAUGCAUCUUAUGUGUUCAUAUUCUAGUAUCUUACAUAUCUCAUUUGUACAUAUUCUAGUAUCUGGACAGUCUAGAACCAGGCUAUUGCAAGAUUUUUGAGAAACAUGCUCAAUUUUAAGUCUGGGACAAAAUACGCAACUUUAAAUCCAUAAAGUUGCACCUCUCAUAAUAAUCAGGGAAAACUUGUGAUUUGCAUGAUUAUUUUUGCAUACUUGUUAUAUUUUAAACACCACACUUGAGAAACACUGUUUUAAAUACAAAGCAUAAUGUUUUAUGAAAUGAAAAAUCUCUCUAAAUUAUAAAUUGGAGUGGUUUUACUACAAAUGUUUUUAGAGCGUUUUGCUUUCCUAAUAAAAUGUUUAAAGGCAAGCUGUGUUGGUUUUAAUAAAAUUUCUAAUAAAU